GACUGGGCAGGCAUUGUAUAUAUAAACGAGAAGGCCCAAGAUGCUAUGCGAAAGGUGUUUCCGCUUCCGUUUGGCACAACCCAGCAUGGCGGCGGUGGAAUUUCUGCUUUGACUCAUUGGGGUGUUUGUGCAGCAAGAUUGGCGAGCGCUGCAAGUGCUGAAAUGCCUGAGCGUUUGAAGACUGUGAAAUCGACGUCGCGGACGCGCUGUCUGCGACGCUAGUUAGCCUUUUACGUUCGCGAAAAUCGCGAUCCUAUGAGCAGUCGCUGCGCGCUUCUCCCGCGAGUUGACCACAGAACAUCAAUCUGCUGCUUCGCUCUGAGUAAUUAAUUCGGCCUCCAAGAUGACUGACGGCGAAGGCAAUGAAAUUCGUGUCAAGACGGCCUACAAUGGGGAGAUCAUGGUCAUGUACAUCGACCCAUCCAUCGCUCUGGAAAAGCUCUGCAAGGAGAUGCGGGACAUCUGCAAAUUCAACGAGGAGCAGCCGUUCACCAUGAAGUGGGUCGAUGAAGAAGGCGAUCCAUGCACCAUUUCAUCACAGGAGGAACUGAACGAAGCCAUCCGUCUGUACGAACUCAACAAGGACUCUGAGCUCACCAUACACGUUUUUCCUAAUGUCCCCGUGGCCCCUGGUAUGCCCUGUGCUGGAGAGGACAAGAGCAUCUACAGAAGAGGGGCACGGCGGUGGCGUAAACUCUAUCGUGUCAACGGCCACAUCUUCCAGGCGAAGCGUUUCAACCGGCGUGCGUUCUGCACCUUCUGCCUGGACCGCAUCUGGGGGCUGGGCAGGCAGGGCUUCAAGUGCAUCAACUGCAAACUCAUGGUGCACAAGAAGUGUCACAAGCUCAUCAAGCUGGCUUGCUCGGGACCUCUUAAAAAUGACCAGGACCAGUUUGCUGAGUCGUCUGCCCCCACUACGCCAGCACCAUCAAGGACAAACGACACAACAAAUGGCGGUGACGUCAAUGGCACGAGUUUGACCAGAGCUGGAACUCCCAGGCAUAAGACACAUCAAAGGGCAAGCUCAGCUGUCGAAACAACCACCGACUCUUCUGCUGGUCACCUUGGCCAAGACAUUGAUGACCAAGUUUCGGGAGGGGUGGAAUCUGGUGGCGACUCGUGCCAGUACGGUCUGCAGGACUUUGACUUGAUUCGGGUGAUUGGCCGGGGCUCUUACGCCAAGGUGCUCAUGGUGGAACUCAAGAAGACCAACCGGAUCUACGCCAUGAAGAUCAUCAAGAAGGAGCUUGUCACUGAUGACGAGGACAUUGACUGGAUCCAGACAGAAAAGCAUGUGUUUGAAACGGCCUCCAACUACCCAUUCCUAGUGGGCCUGCACUCCUGCUUCCAGACAGAGAGCAGGUUGUUCUUUGUGAUCGAGUUUGUGCGGGGAGGUGACCUGAUGUUCCACAUGCAACGGCAGCGCCGCCUGCCGGAAGAGCAUGCCCGUUUUUAUUCGGCUGAAAUCUCUCUUGCCCUCAACUUUUUACACGAAAGGGGCAUCAUUUAUCGGGACUUGAAAUUGGACAAUGUCUUGUUGGACCACGAGGGCCACAUCAAGUUGACCGACUAUGGCAUGUGCAAGGAGGGCAUUCGUCCCGGUGACACUACAAGCACCUUUUGUGGGACACCAAAUUACAUUGCCCCUGAAAUCCUCAGAGGGGAAGACUACGACUUCAGCGUAGACUGGUGGGCGCUGGGCGUGCUCCUGUAUGAAAUGCUGGCGGGCCACUCUCCUUUCGACAUCAUGGGCACCAGUGAAAAUCCUGAUGAGAAUACCGAAGAUUUCCUUUUCCAAGCAAUCCUCGAGAAGACGAUCCGUAUUCCACGCUCUAUUUCGGUCAAAGCCCAGUCAGUGCUCAAAGGGUUCUUGAACAAGAACCCUGUUGAGAGGCUAGGCUGUCACCCGAAUACGGGCUUCAGUGACAUCAUGUCGCAUGCAUUCUUCAAGAGCAUCAAUUGGGAGCAGCUGGAGGGAAAACAAGUGACUCCGCCAUACAAGCCCAAACUUGGCACAGAGCGUGACUUCGAGCACUUUGACCCACAGUUCACAAGCGAGCCCGUGCAGCUGACUCCUGAUGAUACGAAAGUCAUCUCGAAGAUUGACCAGUCGGAGUUCGAGGGAUUUGAGUACGUCAACCCACUGCUGAUGUCACUGGAGGAUUGUGUGUAGCUGUCCCUUGUAUUAUCUCUCGUUCUUUGUUUCAUUUCCGGCCCGUGUCCCGACACAUGGGUGGAGUCGAGAGCCUCUUGGGGCACCUUUUCUCUGGAUUCCACGUGUGAGCUUCAGGGCCCGCAUCAUGGGCAGACCAAAAUAGGGCCAAGCCAGCUCACUAAGCACCCCUGCUCAUUUUUCAAGUGUCUGGUUUAAGGAAAUUACCAAGCGACGUGAUUGUUCUCGAAAGGUGUUGGAUCGUUGCGUCACCACUAUAACGAGUUGUACCAUCGGUGUAAUGAGCAGACACGGUGGCAGUUCUAUUUUGAGCACUUGACCACAGGAUUGGGCUGGCUUGCCUUCUGUGGACCACACACCUCAAAGGAGGCCUUCUUUUUAAUUAGUCCGUGAUAGUUUCUCGCGCAGAUGUUAUCGCGAGCGAGUGUCCGGGUGUGGGCGUGCAAGACUCUUGUGGCAGGCCUUUCUCGAGCUUGCUAGUACGCGUGCAUUACGUGUUGUUGCCUUCCGCUGCCAUCAUUAAUUGGUGGUGGAGAAUUGUUUGUCGUAAAGCUUGGCGUGCUAGCACAGGUAGCACAGAAGUGUAUCUGACUAAGCCGUUGUUAUUAAGUGAGAAGCAGUUCUUUUCCUAUGAUACUUAAAUGUGUGAAGCAGCCUUGUAGCAUCAUUUGGGCCAGAGUUCGUUACAUUUUUACCUUCUCUGUUUCACACUAGAAAGAGCAGCCCACAAAUUGUUUUCGAUAAGUUAGAAAUAUUUUUUAAUGUAGUUUCAGGCUACACAACAUAUUUAAGGACAUGCGGAGCGCAUUCUUAUUGUCUCGGUGUUUGUGUAUUUUAGAGUCGCUAAUGUGCGCCUGCCGUACUCGACGAAAGCAGCCGUCGAAGUGUGGGCAGUUAAAAUACAGCAGUCCCUCCAGUGGAAAACGACCUUUGUCAAGCAGCACCUUCCGUAGGGUAUAUUGUGCACAUAUAUAGAAGCAUUACGGUGCUCCUUCACAAGCCACAGCAUCCUUCUGGAGUGCGUUUUCUUUCCCCCCAUCGUCGACAGCAGCGUAGAGCCCCAGUGCUGCUGUGUUUAUCAUAGUAUUAGGCGUCUUUUCUUCCUUAUUGUCCUGACACGCCAGGGACCUACAAAAUAGUGCAUUCCAUCCAUCACUGUCAGCCAUUGUGGUUCUCUCUUUCCACCGUGGAUGUAGUUCCGCAAAAUUGGACCAGUGCUACUAGCACCGCAGACUCUCUUUUGAAGUCUUUUAGCCUGCUUUCCUGCAUCAUAGUACGCCAACAUAAUGGUGGCAACAGUUGCUUUGCGUAAUUCGCCUGCAAUGAGAAAGAUGAUGGGUUUUCACUGGAGACGCUGUGAAGUACGACUGCCCAGUGCUAGUGUGUGCGGUGAGCGCUUCAUCUUCACAUGAAUGACGAACAGUGCCACUAGUACGCAGGCUAAAGCGUAACAUGUAUUGCUCUAAAAGAAUUACGCCCUUUACGGUGCAAAUGUCUCCCACAACAGCGUAGUCGUCAUUAUUAUUAUUGAGGGAAAAUUUUUUCCUCUAAUGCUAUGUACCGCCACAUAGUGUUACCGACAAGAAAGUUCCAAGCACACAACGUACCGCCAAUUUACAACUUAAAGCACAUCAUGUGUAAUGUUAAUGUGUAAUGGAAAAAGGCUUGUUGACUAGAUUCAUUCAGUUUUCUGCACAUUGAAACGGUGCUGAAGCAGCCACCAAGCAGCUUGUGCUUAUUGUUAGUGGCUGAUGGCAGUACUCUCCUGUCGUAGCUUUAAUGUGGUGCCACUUUUCUAGGUUUUGUAUGUCAAAGUGUUAGGGCCGUGAGUAGGAAGUGUUGUCUGAUCUAGUACAAUUCCUUUUCCCAUUGCGAGCAGUUGAUGGUGUGGUUGCCAUCAUCACUGUGGGGCAAAGAAAAGUAGGCGUGACUUAACGGAGCAAACAGCAGAUGUUGUGAGAUAGUUGUAAUUUGGACUUCACUAACAGAUACUUAAGAUGUGAUAGUAAUGUAAUUUGGCACCUCUACGGCCUUGGCUAGUUGUUAGUGACCUGAUCUUGCCACUUAUACUGAAUUGGGGUAUAGGCAGCCUAAUGUUUACAGUAACAUGUUUGAACCUUACCAAAUCAAAGGUGGAUGGCAUUUCUUCGUUCAGCAGUGAGGCAACACUGAUGGGCUGCUUCAAAAUGAGUGAUGCAUUUAUAGGAAAUGUUUACAUUGAACACUAGGCCAUUCUUUAGGGCUUUCUAUUCAGACCGUCCCUGCCAUCUGCACGUUGAACAUGCUACGGUGUGACCCUCGCCAGCACUUCUUGUACCGUAUAGAAUUUGUAACAGAGCAUCUCUUCCAACCGCGCGAGCAUUUAAGGCAGUUGCUUUUUUUUUUCGUGAAUGUUGAGUUCUUGUUGUCUUAUUUGGUUUUGACAUCUUGAGAGCAGUUGUGUAAACAAGCGCAGGCUCGUGUCUAUCCUUAUAAAAUUAAUAUUCAAUAUGUUUUACUUUGUAGCAACAGGUCCUGUACCUAUUUCCUUCCUUUUUUUUUUUCCCCUAUUGCUCUUCUUAACGUGUCGUGUGUUGCGAAUUUUGGUAAAUGAUUAUUUUUUUCACACAUUCCUGUUGCACGUGUCACUUUUAGAGAUGGCUUAUGUGCAAUGUAAAGUAUUUUGACAUGUGAUGUGGCCUUCUCAAGGGGACACUCCGUUUAAGCUAUGUAUAUCUCUGAACCAAUAUGUGGAGAUGUUCUUUAUCACAGAGAGCACAGAGUUGCCAGAAAGCAAGUGACAGAAUAUGCAUGAAUUUCGUUCAUUGUCUAGAUAGCUUAGAUAUUUGUGAACCAGGAAAAAAAGUGAACACGAAAAUUUGUGGCUGUUUGUAUAAUCCAUGCCCUCUGUGUGCAUGGGUGCUGUUUGCUUUUUGUUCAUUCAUAGUUAAAUUGUCGGGAAAAUAGGUUUGGAGGUUUUCCUAAUGUCUGCAGUAGGCAGGCGUCGCACAGAGCCGCGCAAUGUGUGGCGUGCAGCUAUGCCUGUACUUUUAAACUUCCGUCUACUUUCACGAGGGCUGCUUUGUCUCACGAAAGCUGGACCCGCAGGAACAGUUUGCAAAUUUCAAAGUGAGGCCCCUCAUUAAAAAAAUUAAUUGCGCUAUUGUGAUGACCUCCGUUGACGACUGCUUGUUGAACGUCUGCCUUCUUAUCACUGGAAGCUGAAGUGUUUACCACAAACAUAUGUACACAGCAAAGCACGCUAAAAUUUUUUUAGCGUGAUUAGCCUUAUUUUCUUUGUCAACCACAGAGUAUUUAUAUGAUUGUAACGCAUUACAUUCCCUUUUUUUUUAUGAUUGUGAUCAUUACUCGUCGUUUGUUGCCGUUUGCUCAUUAUCAUAUUACUUUGUUGUGUUUUUGUGAUUGUGCGUCUGUACGCAUAUGUAGCAGUUUGGCCAAGGUCGCCAAACUGCAGUGAUGCUGUUGCUCCACCACGGGCACUUUAUUAUUAUUAUUAUCUUUCAAACUUUUAGUUUAUGCCAGCUCACUUUCAAACCAUCUUGUGACAGUACUCGAUUGUGCUAUCAUUCGUGCUGCCCUUUUCUUUUGUAACUUUUUUUUAAUCGCUGAUUUACAAGUUGUGCUAACGUGCUUUUGUGACUCACUGCGUGUUUAGUUUUUAACAAUCCACUGUGUUAUUUGUAAUUAUGGAUUUGUUGUGCAUACACGCUUUUGCUUGUCACAGUGGCUGCUUUUGUGGCGUGUACUGUGUUGUACAGGAGACCGAGGUGUCGCCACAUUUUCGUAACCUUUAUAUAUAUAUAUAGGUAUAUAUACAUGUAUGUACACAUAAUCAAACACGAUUGUCCCAGAAAUGCUGCCUCGGCACUUCGCAGAAAGUAAUCUCUUCCGACACUUGCGAAAUUAAUGCUCGUUAACCCCCGCUAACUUGGUCACUGUUGGCUGUAUAAGGGUUAGAAAUUGUACAGGUAACAAGAAACAUGCAUUAAAUAUUUAUUCUGCAUUGCAUUCAAAGUGGCAGUGCAGAGUCGCAUCACACAAAUGGAGACAAAAAGAUAACACAGCUGUUGCAGCCACCACCAACUUUUAUUCACAGGAAUGAGCACUAUAUGAACGCAUGCACAGCAGGAUACCGCAUUGUGACUAGCUGUAAAUUUUUUUCAUUGUUUAUCUAACCACUCAAACACUUGGUUAGCUGUGCUGAUUCUAAAAAAAAAACGGAAUUAUGCUUUGUGUAUGUAAAAUCUCAAAUGCUUGUCUGUUACAUGUUUCAUUCAGUCAAGCGAUAUGAAAAGCACAAGCGACAUUUUGGUGUGCUGCUCACUUUGACUUAACAAAAUUCUUGCUUUACAUAUCAGGCUGUUGUAUAUAUAUAUAAAGCAGUUCUCCCUCUGAAUAAAGCUCAGUUUCUAGUGCAAUGGCUGCGAUGCCCUUUUAAAUCCUCUUAUCGUCUACCGUGCGUUUUCACUGCCAUUGUGAAUGCAAUCAGCCACCAACUACCGAGCUGUCAGAACUACUGAUCUAGCAGCAUGUUGUUGCAACCUGCCGAUUGCAUUUGCAAUCAUAACUUAUAGCUUGUUACUGAAACAAAACAAAAAAUACAACAACAAAAAAAUACUGCUAUCAGCACUUUCUGUAAUGCUGUGUAUGUGUCCUGAAUUUUGUUCCGCUAAAAAAAAUGAAACAAGCAUAUGCCAGGCUGCCCCAUUACGACAUUUAGAAUGUAAACUCGCGCCUUAAAGGACCUAGUUUACACUUGGGAUGUAACGUUGCACUAAAGGGUUCAACAUUUAAGACGUAGCGAAGGAAACUUAGUAAGGUUCAUUGAAUGUAGUAGGUUCACCAUUUUUGCUGGAGGUAAAAUUGAUUCCACCAAACACAUGCGUGGAUGGAUGGAUCAAAGGGCAUUUUACAAAACCCACAAGUUGAACAGCCAAAUGCAUCAUUGCUUGUGGUGAUGAGUCUAUUGUGGACGUUCUGGACUUGUGUAUUAGUCAUGCUUGGCAGUGUAAAAUGUACAUGAGGGAACAUGUAAAUUCAGUUAAAACACUGAUUAUGACUCACUUUAAUGCCAUAGGUGCUCUAGUUACUACUUGUUCAACAGAUGUUUGUCUCCUGGGUUGCAUCUGUUACCGUUCCUCGAAGCAGCAGGAGAAGCUGUACCAACCGGCUAAAUGUACAAAAGUGAGGUGUAUGCAUGCACUAUUCCUUGUACACUGUCUUUUGCAUGCCAGAUUAUUCAUUAAUUCUUCAGAAGUAACUCUUAUUUUUUUCGCGUAUGCAUGAUAUGGUAAGUGAACCUCCCUCCACACAACUUGCAUUAUCACGAAAAUGUGGCGAUAUUUAACUGAAUUGUCUUUCUUUUUGGCCUUUGACGACUCGCAUUGCAUGAGCACUGCCGUAGAGCGAACAUGGAAUCGCAGACAUAGAGGCCUUUUCUUGUCCUUUGUAACCCCUGUACAACCAGCAUUUCUCAUCUUUUGACAGAUUUUUUCGCACGUGCUGUCUGUAUACGUACAGCAUGUGGCAUGCUCGUCAAAGUGAGUACACACGCGGGACUGCGUGCAUCUUCCACAUAGACUGACGUCUCCUAUCGCUUGAAUAUAUAAAAGUGCUUUGUGUAUGUAAUCGCUGUUGCAGUGGCAACCUGCCUGUUGAUUAUGCAUAUCUGUCGCCGUUUGCCGAUCCAAGAUGAUGUAUUUACCGCACCGUGGCGUUUCAUGGCACGUGCGUGCCGACCCUGCCGCUGUGUAGUUGUUACACUAAUGCUCUGUAGCUGUACUCACCAUGAAAUAAAGAGAAGAAAAGUAUUGUACAGAGGUGAUCAUAGCAA